AUGAAGCGCACACUUUCAACCGAGAUCACACAGCCAAAGCGAUGUUGCAACACUACGGACGUCACAGAGGUGGCGACAAAGACCGACUCAGCGCCAGAGUCCAAGUCGGAAGUCGAAGCUGCUACACCACUUCUGAAUGACGAGCAGUCGCUCAAUAUCCAGCGCAGCGGUGAUGUUCUCAAGUCUCGAGUCCGCUUCAUGAAGCUCAUGCUUCACAGCAGAGAGGAGACUAUGCAACGUUGCAACCCUGAGAAUACUAAGCUUGCCAUGGAAAACUUUGCCAAAGCUCGAUGCGGUGUUGUGAGGUCUUUAUCAAUGACCUCUUCUAUGAUCUUGACCAUGUCAGGAGCCAUCAUCAAUGAGGCUAAUGAUCUAGCUGUGCUGCACGCAAUGCUUGACAUGUGCAAACACCAUCAAACCCAGCUGCGAAAAGAAGAACAGAGAUUCGAGACGCUGAUGUCGCAGUACUUGGUGCAAAUAAAAGAAGAUCAGGUUUCAUAUGAUAUGGCAAGACAAGAAGCUGAGGCGUUGCGGCCUCUAAUCGCUUUAUUGGAACAUGAAAUACACGAGGGAAACAGAUCAUCCUUCAACCAACGCAAACUUGAGAUUCUCUUUGAUCUCAUAUCCUCCAAUCUUACAAGCGACGGCCUGCUUGAGCUUUACGAAGCCAUUGAGAGGGCCGGCUCGCCACCAGCGGAAGCGAGGGGUCAUAUGGAACCUCUCUGA